AUGGCCACGGGACAAGUAACAGCACCACCUCGUUCUCCGUCACCUACCCCUCCGAAACGAGGAUUCUUUAAUAAGUUAAUAAAGCGAAAGAACGUCAAGAAAGAUGGAUCAAAAGGUUUAUCUCGACAACUGAGCGAUAGCAACAGGCCAAACAAGGACCGAAAACUUGUUGUUGCAAGAAGUAAGUCUACCAACAGAGGCAGAAACCGAAGUAACCUGACUCUAAACAGAAACAGCUAUGUCGACAAUGACGAGUUUAGUUUGUAUAACGAAGAUGAAUUAGAAUCAAGUACUAUAGUAAGUACUGACGAAUCUCUGGUUGAAUCAUUUGAUCAAUCUUUUGCAACUGGGGUACCCACAUUCCAAAAACCUCCCCAAAGUCUAACAUUCGAUAACCACCUCGCCAGUGAACAAGUCAAGUUCCCAAAUAUAGAGACAUACUUUCCUGAAGGUUGGAAGGAAAAAGAUGAGGAACCACCAUGGUCAGGAAUAACAUUUGAAUCCUUCAUAAACCCAAAAUACGUCAAAGUAUCACGAAGACACAAGCAGAGCCCGCGAGUAUUGAAUAAUUUAUUUCUUGCCCAAGAAUUAAAUAUGGAACAUCACGACCCAGGUUCUCGAUCACGCGAGGGAAGUGUGCUGGAUGAAGAACUAGGAUCAAUUGACGGGAAGUUACUGGAAGAGGAUGACGGAUUGAAAUGCCUGAAUAAUGAAAUAUUUGUCAUGGAAUUUAGUAAAGAUGGGAAAUAUUUAGCAGCAGCGGGGAGAGAUUCUGCCAUUAAAAUCUGGAAGGUUAUUUCGUCUCCAUUGGGGAGACUUGAAUAUUCGCAUAAAAUGAAGCAGGAAGGUGUACCUCCGCAAAGUAACAAACGAGACCCAGUGUUCCACUCUGCCCCAGUUUUCCACCAACUGCCGGUUCGCAUUUUUAAAGGACACACCCAAAAUGUGUUAUCUUUGGCAUGGAGUAAAAAUAACUUUUUAAUUUCCGGAAGUAUGGAUAAAACGGUAAGACUUUGGCAUGUAGAUCGACCUAAAUGUUUACAAGUUUUUCAACAUGAAGAUUUUGUAACCUCAGUCAAGUUCCAUCCCCUUGACGACCGGUUUUUCUUAAGUGGUUCUUUAGAUAACCAUGUCAGACUCUGGUCUAUUCUAGAGAAAUCCAUAUCAUAUACCAAGAACUUAGGAGAGGAUGUAUUGAUUACCGCGCUUGAAUUUACUCCCGAUGGAAAUCUAUGUGUGGUUGGUGGAUUUAAUGGAUCUGUUUUCGUAAUGGAAACAAAAGGAUUGUUUGUCUUAAAAAGAUUUGAAGUCAAGGAAAGAUCAUUAGUAAAUGCCUUCCAUCUGAAAACUGGUAACAAAAUAACGGGGAUCAAAGUGUUUGUAAACCCAUUUUAUAUCGAGGGACAACUUCCUAAAGUAAGUGAGAUUGAUAAAUGGGCAGUUUUAAUUACUACCAAUGAUUCCAAAGUUCGUAUGAUUAGUACCACCCUGAAAAAGUUAAUCACCAGAUUCAAGGGUUUAACCAACAAUUCCUCAUCGAUCCAAGCAUCAAGUUCAGAAGAUGGUAAAUAUAUUAUUGCCGGUUCUGAAGACCACUAUUGCUACAUUUGGGAAAACAACAGCAGUAUCAUAAAUAACAAAUUGAAGCAGUCUUUAGCAGACUUGAUCGACCGCACCCAGCAUGCCACUGAUUUACAUACCAAGAUCAAUAAGAUAAUCCCCGCCCAUAUAAGAAAACUUUUAGAUGAAGAUAAGAACGAAUUCAUCGCCAAUGAAAACAACAGUUAUUCUUGUUUCCAUGCUCAUCAUUCCAAGUGUAAUGUUGCGAUAUUUGCUCCUGAAAAUACGAGAAAGAUCUUGCAAUCUUCGGAUGACAUUAUCUAUGACUUGGAAAAACGAGGAGACAGGUGUAAAUUUGAAAGUGCAAUUCAUGAAGGGGAAAGUAAGACAAUACACAAGGAUAAAACAAACGAUCCUGACUUACGUAUGGGUCAUAUAGUUGUCACCACCGAUCAGUUUGGUUUGAUACGUGUGUUUAGACAAGAUUCUUCUCGUGAAUACCGAAAGAAAUUUGUUGAUUGUUACAAACGUUGCCAAUCUAGUACCAAAACAAGUUAUCCAAACACACCAAUUGAUGGCUUUAAUCAAAUAGGGGCAAUGGCAGUUCGAAGCUUGAGUCCCUCCCAAGUUUUGGACCCUUCAAAGCAAAUAAGAGAUAUAUUAUCCACUGGUAUGAAAGUUACUACCAGUACAUUGAAUCCUCAAAAUACAAUCAAUGGAAUAGCUGCUAUUCCAAAAGUUAUCUCUUCAAGUUCAAUCAUGAAUUUAAAGCAAGCGGCAAGAAAUAGAGCUUGUCCAAAACCAAUUAAAUCUCAUUCAGACGAUGUGUUAAUGGCUUCCAAAGAUGGCUUCUACUCCAAUAAAAAUGGCAGCGAGGUGACAUUAAAUGCCAUUCCUAACCAGAAGGCCAAGGUGAUUAGCCCUACUGAACAAUUUCCUACCAUGGGAGCUGAAUUUAUUCCAAGUUCCAUACCUGUAUUAAUCACAAACACCGACAUCAAACCAAGCAACGAAUCUCUUUCCCUGCAUCAGAAACUAGAAAACUUAAAGAUUUCCCGUCUGAAUUCAAGAGGGAGAGCAAAGUAG